UUACAGUAACUGUGGAGAUGACUUUGUCUAGAAGCAGAGCAGAUGAAACCCACGUGAGGUUGUUUCAGUUUACUAUCAAAGUGAAAACAUUUCAUUCUUGUUUUUCGUUCAAUUUAUAACUAUGUCGCCUCCGCCGACUCGAGAGGACAGAGUUAAAUGUUAUAAUGCUCGAGAUACUUAUUGGAAGUGUCUGGACUCGAAUGAACUAAUUUCUGAUCCUAAAAGUAAAAUUGAUUGUGAACAAUUGAGGAAAACCUUUACCGAGAAUUGUCCUCAGGUUUGGGUCUUUCACUUUGAUAGGAAAUAUAAAUAUGAAAAAUUUAAAGCCGAACAAGCAAAGGAAAAUGCCAAACAAAUGGCUUCUUGAUUAAUCGGACAAUGAUAAACAAAGCAGAUUUAAAUCUAUUGAUUUUCGAAGAAAGUGUAGUGAUCUUUCCUUGUUGGUAGUAAAUAAAUUGAAAAGCAAAAAAUUGUCGGUAAUAUCAAAAAAUAUGUAAAUAUUGUCAUCUCAUCAUAAUUUUUGCCUACUAAUAAAUCUAUUGUUAUCGAAUGA